CUGUUAGGUCUAUACCUUCACCUGCUUAUUAAAUUUGUUGUUGAUAUAGUAAAGUUGCUGAGGUGGUUCUGCUGGGGCAGAACGUUUGUUUUGGACACAGAUUUUGGUCCAGUCCCCUGCAGUCCCGAUUACUGACGCAGAAUUUACGUAAAGAGCCGGUGAGCCCCAGAGAGCUGCUCAACAGAGUCAACUUGUUUGCCAAAUAAAUGAAAAAGAUUGCACAAUUAGACUUAGGAGCUUUACGUUAAUAAUCAGCCAGUCUGUUAAUUACUGAACAGGGGAUUUGAGACCUGCUUUCUAACUGUGCUCCGGAGAUAUCGCACAGUAGUCUACCACAUGCCAGUGCUGCACAUUCAAACUAAUUGUUUAAACUACAGAAACAUCUCUUUGUAGGUUUCAUCAUCUUCUUCAAAAACACUUGCAAGUUACCUCUCUACUCUUUACUGACAUCAAUCUGAGCAGCCUUACACAUACUGUACAGUACAUACAAACCUAUGGUUGCAGUACUCCAUUGUUACUGACAUAGAAAUGUAUAUGAUUGUUUUUGUUUAUGAUUGAUUCAGGUUCAUUCUGGUAGAGUUUUGAGAUAUAAAGCUUCAAAUAUUUGGCAUCCCACUCAACUGUUUUUCUUUUUUGUCAUUUUAAUUUCACCCCAAAGUUUUUUAUUUUCCACAUUUUCUUGAUUCUCUAAUCCAGAGCAAUUUACAAGUUUUAAUAAUAAGCAUAAUUCCAGGAUAACAAGCAAACACAAAUAUACAGUACUGAUCUUUGCUUCGACUGUCAACAAAAUGUACCCCCCUCUCUCUGGAAACAUAUGUCCAACCAAACAGACUUUUACAGUCAUCUUAAGAGCAAUGUCCUUUAACCCUGACUCAAACCAUGAUCCUCUUGAAUCUGACAGUAACCUAUGUUGUUUAUGUGUCUGGACUUUAUCUUAACCAACAUUGCUGAGUCCAUAUAUCAACAGUCUAUUGACAGUAAUUUGAGCACAUGCAGAUAGUUGACAUGAUAUAGUCUUUAUUAUCUCCUGAGGCAAGUUUUAUAAAGAUAGACUGUGACUAUGGCUUAAAUGAAACUAAUAAUCAGACUUCAGAUAGACAUCUAAAUUCUUUCUAGUUCUAAACUAUUUUAAAAGGUAACUUUGGUAUUUUUCAGCCUGUACCCUAUUUACCUAUGAUUUUUUGUCAUGUGACUAACUGGGAGAACAUUUUUUGAAACCAUGUAUUGAAUGAGAUCUCUGCAUUCGGUAGCAGCAAGAUAGGGCUGCAACUUAAAGCUGUGAGGUAAAAUUGUUGUUUUUAUCAAUGGAGUCUGGUGGCUUGACAAGAAUUAGAUUUUUUCUGGUUAAACAAAGGAUCUUACUCUUCUAAAAGUCUAUCUCUGCAGGGAUCUUUUCUACAAUGUCCUACUUUUUGUGUCAGUGGCAAAAACAAGCACUUUAGUGGGCGUAUUUUGACGGGGGGCAAUUGCUUGCAAGGAUUAUGUUGCAGCCCUGUCUCAAUCUCACUCAAUACUGGACCAAUUUCAAUAAAUGUUGUCCCAAUUAGUCACAUACACACACAAACAUGGGAAAAUAAGGUCCAGGAUAACAAAGUAACCCUUUAAGUAGGAUUAAUGCAAUGAAUUGUGGGUAAAUUAAGAUGUUUUUCAAAUUAAAAACAUGGAUGACCAAGCAACAGUGUCAAACUGCUCAGCUCCCUUCACUCCACCAAAAAAACAUUUGCAUUCUGCAAGAUUUCAGUAAUUAUAAGGACCUUUUACUGGUAAAAUUCAGCAUCAAGAGUAACAACACAAAAAAACAGUAGCAUAAAAUCUCAGUGCAGCGCAGACUUGUAGCAGAGCUGCGAUGCUGUGGCUUCUUAUUGUAGGGUGUUCAGCUGGAUAGUAGCUUAGCCGGAUGCCUUCUUAAAAGUCAUUGUGUAUUAUAGUACAGCAAUAGUGAUUCCUAUUACUAAUAUAAGAUAGAAAACUUUUCACAUUUCAUUAAUUGGGCCCAGGACCUCUUUUGGUAAUCCUACAGUCGUCGACGCAUCUUGAAGUAGACUUUAGACUGACAGUAACAUCUGCAGCUCCUUAGCCACUGCAAUUUUCACAGUCACACUAAAGUAAAAAGCAUUGAUGGAUGCUGCCAAAACAGUUUGCUCAAUGGUUCACAAACUGCAAUGAACAAGACACAGCUGGAACAAGUGACCCAGCUCACUUGAAAGCGCACACUCAGCAGAAUCACCACAGUGCCAAAAAUCAAUAGUAAAGCUCCCCCUUUUCCAUCUGGCAAAAGCUCAGUUAAGUGACUUAAAAAGUUUUCCACCAAACAAGCCCACUUUUGAUCAUGGGGGAUGUAAAAAUUAUGAAUUGGCACCAGAACUGGAGCCGUGCAAGUGGGCAACAGAACCGGAUUCAGCAGCCCAGUGAACACAGCUGAAACAGGACCGAACACAGCCUCUAAGACCAACAGAGGCCAGUUUGACAGGAAUACAGAACCUAGACUAUUUACACCAGUAAAUGUUGACAUUUUGUGAGUUUAUUUUGAUUGGACUAAAAUAGUUUAUGAUUAGACCAAAAAACACUAAGACAUAUCUUGAGCUUGACUUGGACUUGGACUCGCCUCUUGAUGGACCAGGGCUAGCUGGUUAGCAUGCUAACAUCAGUAGAUAUCUCUGCAACACAAUAUAGAUAUCUUUGACAAAACAUAGGAGCUUUUACUUUUUAUAUUCUGAUGUAGUUCAUUUUAUAAUGUUUUAAACUCUUAAAUCUGCACAUAACUUACCAACUUCACAUUGGCCACAUUCUAUCCAUCCAACUUAAGAUAACUGACCAAUAACUGACCCUUAUUUGCUUUGUUAGCAAGCUACCAUUAUAUAAAUAAACCUCCCCAAAUUAAUUAUAUACCUCUCUGUUGCGUUACCUCUGUUGUGGGUUCUGAUCAUAUACAGUAAUGGUUCUGACAAAUACUCUUUGAAUUUAAUUUAAUUUAUCUAAAAUAAUAUACAGUGUCCUCUGUACGUACAUGUAUGUACAUCAAUUCAAUUCAAUUUUAUUUUAUUUAUAUAGUCUUCAGUGUUUGCAAAUGCUGAAUUUCCAAAGGUCAGUUGAAUAUCUUUUUGUAGAACCCACUUUGAUCAAAAAGUUAUUUUAACUUUUCAAUAAGUUAUUUAUAUGCCAUACGUUGUGACAGUUGUGAAACACUUAUAAAUACAAUUUCUAUAGUUCAAUAGCUCCCUUCCAAAAGGAUUAUCUACCCACGAGCCCAUCUUCCCACUGAAAUCUGUUCUUAAUGAGACCCAGAAUGCUUUAUGACGUAGAAUGACAAUAAUGCAUCUCUGGAGAUUUGAGUCAAACAGAUCUGAAUGAGGCCGAACUCUUUGGAUAAAACAAAGAACCUCCCAGACAUGUUGUUCAUUGAAGACACAUUUUAUUAUAAGAAGAACGAAAAUCUAAAGCUCAGUCGACUCUUCUGGUUGAUGAAGACAGUCAUAGGUGAGUGAAUGGCUCUUUUAUUCUGAAUGUUGGCUCUGUAUCUAUAGUCUGUUUAAAGUGUGGAUGAGUUUUUUCUCUCAAUCAUUUAUAUAUUGUUCUUUAAUAUUAAUAUAUAAAUAAUAAUUAAAUUAAAUACACAUUCAGCUAAAUUCUGUUCUUAUUGUAAUCCUACUUAAAUUGUCGGUGUGUAUUUUUGAGGAUGUAUUUCAGUGUGGAUUUCUCCAUAUUUCUCCAAAAGAUUGGCUCCGGUCCUCAGUUGCAAAAUGCAGAAUCAGACUGAAUUUCCAGGAAAUGCAACUUCCCUCAAAAACCUGUCUAUGAUAAUCAAGGUGUGUGUGGUUAUCCCCUUUUUCUGCGUCUUCCUCUGCUGCAUUAUUGUCAUGCUGCACAUCUUUGCAUCUCACAGGCAGUUCCUGGACACCUCACGUUACAUCCUGUUUGCCUACAUGCUGAUCAAUGAUACCCUCCAGCUCUUGUCCUCUGUACUGCUCUUCCUCUUUGCCAUGGGCCAGGUGAAAUUUGCUAUUAUCUACUGUGUUCCUCUGCUGUUCAUUUCCACUGCCACUUUCCAGAACACACCCUUAAUCCUGGCCACCAUGUCACUGGAGCGUUAUGUUGCCAUCUUCUAUCCUCUGCAGCGCCCAGCUGCCUGGCGCUCAGACCGCAUCUGGAUCAUUAUUCUGUCCCUGUGGCUCAUCAGCUGUAUCUACCCUAUCAUUGACUACUCCAUCGGGGCACAUAAUCCUGCUGUGGAUGUUCUCUCUACUCCUGUGCUUUGCAAAACUAUUGUUGUCAGCUCAUCUCCAAUCCAGACAUUGUUCAAAGUUACUGUGAGUGUUCUCUUCUUUGUAGUAGUGGCUUUUAUCAUCCUCUUUACAUAUGUGAGAAUCCUGCUGGAAACCAGGAAGCUGGGACAAGACAGAGUGUCUGUGAGCAAAGCCAUGCACACUGUGCUGCUACACGGCUUUCAGCUGCUGCUGUGCAUGUUGGCCUUCACCAGCCCCAUCACUGAAAAUCUCAUAGUGCUGCAUGCCAACUGGCUACAACAAGAUGUUGCCUUUUUUAAUUACUUCUGUUUCAUGCUAAUUCCACGCUUUCUCAGCCCACUUAUCUACGGCUUUAGAGAUCAGAGUCUCAGGGGCUACAUCGGGAGAAUAUUCCUCUGCUGCUCAAAUAAAGUCAAACCCCGUGUCAGAGGCAAGCUGCAGGACAAUGUGUCUACUUCUUGAAGUGGUUGAUAUAGUUUUGACAGAGCUCUUCAACGUAAUGCACAAAUGUCCUGUCAAAAUGUUUAUUUGAGAUGUUUAAACAGGGUAUCUGCAGGUCUUGAAAAGUGAGAGUUCAGUUUCCUCAACAAAAAAGGCCUUAG